AUGGCGUGGAGAACCUUGGUAGCCUCCUUGGCUUUUACGACAAUAGUUCGCGCGGCUCUUACUACAUUUGGAACAAACACCAGCCUGACUAUUGCAAAUGAUCGUUUGACUGCCGUCGUGGACAAGACCUUUGGAGCAGUCGUCAAUCUUACGCUCGACGGCCAGAACCUCCUUGGCCAACGAAGUGGUAGCACUGGCAUUGGACCUUACCUCGACUGCUCUUGUACACCCGAUGGCUUCUGGACCCCUGGCUCAGACAGUCCUACAUACCAACUCCUUAACGGCACCGACAGCACAGGAACAGCAUGGGGCGGUAUCAUCAUGAGUGACACAUACCCCUCAACCGGCCAAGUCCUCGAACAAUACUGGUUCCUGCGAGAUGGGGAAACAGGCCUGCACAUGUUCAGCCGGGCCGCAUACUCUAACUCAACGCCUCAAGGCCUAGGCGAGAUGCGUACCCUCCUCCGACCCAACAUCGACCUCUGGACGCACCUCAGCACCAACGACAAAACCUCCGCCCCUCUCCCCUACUACAACCACGCCUCCGUCGUCCUAAACCGCACCGGCGCCCCCAUCACCGUCCAAGACGCAACCUGGUACCUCCCCAACCGCAGCGACCCCUACGUCACGCACUACAGCGACUACUUCACCAAGUACACCUUCGCGGACGUCUGGCGCGACCACAAAGCCCACGGGAUCUUCUCCGACGGCUCCACCAGCGCCGACGGCUCGACCUUCGGCGCCUGGUUCGUGAUGAACACGGUCGACACGUAUUUCGGCGGGCCCACGCAUUCGGAUCUCACGGUCGACGGCAUCGUGUACAACUACAUCGUGUCGAACCACCACGGUGCUCCGACGCCGAAUAUGACGGCGGGGUUUGAUAGAACGUUCGGGCCUGGGUACUAUCAUUUCAACAAAGGCCCCGCGGGGGCGAGUUUGGAGGAGCUGAGGGCGGAUGCGGCGCAGUAUGCGGAUGAUCAGUGGGCGGUGGAGUUUUAUGAGAGUAUCGCGGAGUUUGUGCCGGGGUAUGUUGCGCCUUCGAAAAGGGGGGUUUGGAAGGGGAUUGUGGGGUUGCCGGAGGGGGCGGAGAGGCCGAUCGCGAUUCUUUCGCAGGUCGGGGUGGAUUAUCAGGAUAAUGUGCUGGAUCUGACGGCGCAUCAGUACUGGGCUGAUAUCGAUCGUCAGAGUGGAAGUGUGGAGAUCAAGAAUGUCAAGCCGGGGGAGCAUAGACUCACUGUCUACGCCGACGGGAUCUUCGGCCAGCACGAAGAGGAAGGCAUUGUAGUCUCCGCUGCCGAGACGACGACGACUUCCAUCACAUGGCAAGCCGAGUCUGCCGGCACAGAACUCUGGCGGAUCGGCUACCCGGACAAAUCCGGCGGCGACUGGAGACACGGCUACGAGCGCGAUCCAGUCCAUCCCCUCCACCCGGAAGAAUACAGAAUCUACUGGGCCGCAUACGACUACCUCGACGACUUCCCCGACGGCGUGACCUUCGAAGUUGGAAAGAGCAGUGAAGUCGAGGAUUUCAAUUACGUCCACUGGAGUGUCUUUGGUGGGAAAGCAAACUCGAAUCGUCCGGAGCCGGUGUAUGGUGAUGGGAAUAUCAAUAACUGGACAGUCCUGUUCAAUGUCGAGGAGGAGCAGUUGUUGAAUAAGGAGAAGGCGACAUUCACCGUGCAACUCGCAGGAGCGAAGACGGCAGCAGGCAAUCUCGACACUUUCAACGCCUCAGAGCCGUAUUGGAAUUUCGACUACACUGUCGUGGUCAAUAACCACGAACUCGAGCCUUGGACGAUUCCAUACAACGCCAGCGCCUCCUGCGCGACUCGCUCUGCAGUGACGUGCCAUCAUCUCGCGCACAAGUUCGUCUUUGAUGCGGGUUUGUUGCAAGGUGGGAAGAAUGAGUUGAUCUUGAGCUUGCCGUUCAAUGCUACGGGUUGGACGUCCGCGGUGUUGCCAGAGUCGGUAUAUGUGCAGUAUGAUGCUUUGAGGUUGGAGGUGCAGUGA